UAAGAUUUCAUUCGACUUUCCGGCUAUUACGUGAUAUUCUUCUAAUUCUUCAGACUAGUUGGUUGGGUCUAGUCCUUCAAGUCAGUCACUUGUCAGCCUUCUUCUGCUUUGGACAGACAAUCUAACGGAUCGACCAGAAGCAUGCCGCUUAUAACUAAUCCCAAUUCGCUUGCCAGUUUGUCACUCGAUGCACUGGGGAAGUGCGUAGCAGUGGUAAUGAGGCGUAUGAUCGAGACAUGUACACAUGAAGGCGCCUUUAUGCAGAAUCUUGACUAUCAGGCUGCUUGCGGGCGUCUCGAGGAACUUCUUAGAUGGCUGCCGACGGACCAAGUCGAGGACUUCACCUAUGUGUUGAUUGGACACGUAAAUAAAGAAUACGCUACUCUGGUAGCGGAUGGAAAUUUCAGAGACGCCUGCGAGGAAAUAGCGCCCCUGGUCCUUAAAUCUUUGAUGCAUCCGAAUGUGAAGAAACUUGAUUGCAUUCGUUUUUCUCAUCAUCCAAAGAUAUCGGGAUUUUAUAAAAUUAGAGUUUGCGAUUUAAUAUAUAAGACGUUGCCGAUGUUGCAGGGGCUCACGGAGCUUGGCAUAGGAGUUGCAAAUAGGACACCACGUAUGAGAUUGGAAGUUAGAAGCUUUGCAGACACAUUACAGAAAUUUUCUUCACGCAGUUGUGAGGACAGAGAUGUACAAGUCCUUGCCGACUGCUGCAGGAAACUUAAGUGCCUGGACAUUAGCUUAUCUACAGCUUUGUCAGAUGGGGUUGUCGAACAGAUUUUAAGGUUUACGCAUCUGGAAGAGCUGAAUUUAUUUGAAGCAAGAUUCAUAUCACCUGGUGCCCUGCGAACUCUGUUCGACAACCUCCUUGAUCGUAAUGUGGUAGUUCCGCCGAUCAGGCGUCAACGUUCCUUGAGGCCGCCACGGGCAGAGUUCUUGAGGGUCUUUGGGUGUUCUGCGCCAACAGUUGACGACAUCAUCUCUAUCUCGUAUUUUACUAACGUCGUGUCGCUCUCUUUGAGCAGCGUGCAUAACAUUUCUUUGAGCCCACUGAGCAAUCUGAUGAAUUUAACAGAGCUUGCUUUGUGUAUGGUUAGGUUCGAGGACGUUAGAGAUUUAUUGCGAAGGGUAGGUAGUCGACUAACUUGUCUGAACUUAACGGAAGUUACAUCCAUGAAUUUGACGUAUCUUCGCCAGUGGUGUCCUGUAGUAAACUGCCUCCAUAUUUGCAAUACUGAUACUAGCCAUCUCAUAUUACCAGAGAAUUGGAAUGCGCGUUUUAACCAUCAGGAGUCUGAUCUCACCUUUCCGAGUGUUACAACUCUUGAACUGAGUAUAGAGAGUUUUGAAGUUGAAGCUUAUGUACUUUGUUGUGUGCCAAACGUUACAAAAUUGUACUUGCAUAAGGAUCUAACUGGGGUCACUUUUCAACUUUUCAUUCGUCGUGUGUUUACUCCACGCUUGCGAACGUUGUUUUGGGGAUCCGAAGGAGAAAUCACGUUCAGCGAAGACAUUGCCACCUCCAAGGUAUUUUAUGAUGACGGAAAUACAGAAAUCAGCCACAUAGUGUUAUCGAAUUUGGCACCGGGGGUUGCAAUCGAAUUAUAAGUCAUUCAUCACUCUCGUCUUUAAAAUCAAUAAUUUUAUUGUUGAAACUGCAUUCGAGUGGUAAAAGAAAGGGUGGAGGGGUGAGAGGGGUAAGUGUAUAAAUUUCUUGCUUGCUGUACGAGAUUGAACUUCAGUAUUUGGUUCAGUGUUCUGCGCAGUUUCAAACUGUGACGAGGGUUCAUCGGGAGAGCUAAAGUGUGUCCUGUGUACAGAAAUAUCGUGAGAUGAUGAGAAUUUCUGGAGACUGGCUUCGUCUUUGAGAAGUGAUAUGACUACUGAACUAGUUUUGCGAAGGCUGAUAAGAGACUAUGGUGUCAAUCCGCAGGACGUCUUUACAGUGUUUGUCAAUGGAAACAAAUGUGCGUUAUACCACGUGCCAAAUCAUCGUGCGCCGUUAGACGAAAUUGUUUCCGACCUGAACACACCAGACUUUUUUUUUGGCGUCAGCAUCCAACAGAUAUUCAAGAUACGAGGGACGAUAUUGCUGCUGCAUUCAAACCAGUCACAUCACAAAUUCUGGAAAAGAGAUUGAAGCAUUUCGCUGCCCAUCGUCGCUUCCGAUUUGAACAAAUCCCAUUUUGGGAUUAUUUUAUUAACUCCAUGUUUUAUUGUACAUUCGAUGAAAAUUUUAAUAAAAUGCAGUCGUUAUUACUAAUAUUAUAAUGUUUUAAUUAUUUUUUUUUCGUUUCAAACGGAGUCACUCCGUACACAUUUAAGCAGCAAACAGGCGUAUUUACAUUACAGCAUCAUCGCAUACUAAACAGGAAAGCUAAACGCAAACUGCGCAACUCCAAUCAGUCCAUCAAACAUUUAAUACUGUUUCAUAACUUUAUUUAUCCAAUUUAUGAGAUAACUCAAUAAAAUUUAAUUUAAUUUAAUUUUUAAUUAAUCUAAAAUUGUACAUUUGAGAUAUACUUAUGUUUUAUCAAGUCAUAAAUGCCUCUUCCAUAACU